ACAGAAUGAAACUCUUCAUCGCUCUUGCUACCCUGGUGGUGCUGGCCGCGGGCCAGAACACCUACACGUCGGAGUACGACGACCUGGACAUCGACGCGCUGGUCAGCAACCUGGACUCGCUGAAAGCCUGGUCCAACUGUUUUGUGGAUAAGGGCCCGUGUGACAAGGCCCAGAACAGCUUUAAGGUUGACAUGCAUGAAGCGGUACAGCAAGCGUGUGCUAAAUGCACGUCGGCACAGAAGGUUAUCAUGAAGAAAUUCAUCGCUGGCCUGACGGAAAAGUCCCCUGCUGACUACGAACUCUUCAGGCAGAAGUACGACCCAGAAAACAAGUACUUUGGGCCCUUGGCUAAGGCUAUUGCAUAAAUGCUGGCUCUCGAUAUGUCCAAGUAAUGUUACAGGCGUAAUAAACGCAUACGGUUUUUAA